GUAUGCCCAAAACACAACUGACUGUUAGUAGAUAGGGGAGAUAAGAUGUGACUGAAAUGCUGCUGGUACCUUCAUUUGAAAUGUUAGGGAGCUAUUUGGAGAUGCUGCCAUCAUUUUGAAUUAUUUACUGAUUUGUCCACACACACACAAACAAACACCACCAUGGGCCAACUGUUCUCAUCAGAAGAAGAGCUUUCUCGGGUGAAGGAUGCGGUGGGUUUCGUCCUCUACGACGCCAUGUUGGAAGGCGGCGCUGUACCUGACCUCGGAGUCGUCCACCCUCUCCUCUUAUCCAAUCACGGAGAGAGCUUUGACUCCCGGGCCGGCCUCCAGGCACAACUAAAACAGCUACAGGGCGACAUUGGGAAAAGGGCGCCGACCUACCUGAAGGAUCUGAUUGGCCGACUGUCGUCCUUCUCUGAUGAACCACGCCUGGCCGGCCUGGUGGGAUUGGUGGUUACCAUGGUGAUGGAUAUGGCCUACACAUCGAAACAGUCAUCAGCUGUGAAAGUGAAGUCAGCGGGGUCGUCAUCAGGCCAGCAGAGGGUCUGGGAGCUGCAGGAGGUGAUGGAGGAGUACCUGAAGCGCUGCAGGAUCAACCUGAGUGACAAAAGCAAACUGAUCCAGGACUCUGUGAGACUUGAAGCUCAGCUCAGCCUCACCCUCACCCAGCUGAAGACCUCCCUGCUGGGGGGAGACUGUGACUCCAGGUCUCUGAAGCACUGGGCCAGCGGAGCAGCGUUUCAUACCCAGAUGUUGGUGCACCUGGCCGGCUUCGAGGGGCAGGCUGAGCCCCGGGCUGCCAGGGCCGCUCUGGAGCAAUACAAGGAGGACCUCACACAGAUCAUACCUGCGUACAGGCAUUAUAAGUCUAAUAUGGUGUGUGUGGUGAAAUGUCGAGGGAGUCUUCUGGCGUCAUGUGACCCCCACAGCGAGGAGCCAGAGGAGGGAUCCAUGACGGGACUCACGGUGACGGACAGAGAGACAGGAAAGAGUGUCACCCUCUCUCUAUCCACCAUGAAGGAAGAGACAGGGAGAAGAAUGAGAGUCUCUGGGACUGACGCCACCCCUGUGCCAACUGUGCCCUCCUCCUCCAUUAACCUGGACCUUAUCACCUCAGAUCAAUACGCCCAGGCAUACCUGCACCAUCUGUUCUCUGAUAAGGGACCUCUGGCAGAGCUAGAGGACUACUUUAUCAAGGCUAGUGCCAAUCUGAGAACACUGAGAACUGAACCAGGAUGUAUAAACAACAAAGGCGUGGGAAAUGAGAUAAAAGAAAGUGAUGGAGUGCAUGUUGGAGACCAGGCGCAGGGCAGUGAUGGAGAACAGAGAGUGGACAGGAGAGGACGACGAGAGGAGGAGUGUGAGCAGAGAGGUGAAGGUUUGCAACUGAGUAUUGUGGAGACGCAGCCGAAUGAGAGACCCAAUCACAGUUAAAACAAUUACAUGAAGGCCAUGACCCGACAGUAGCAACCAAACCUCGUUUAUUUAACAGAAACAUUAUAGUUAACUUAGAAACAAGAGUUUUGUUAUGUUUUUUCACAUGUAUGUAUUCAGAGAGCAUAACUGACUGCUGGGUAUAAGCUGAAUAGUACUUCUUCUUAUUUAUAUGGAACAAAAUUGGCCAAAUAUAAACUUUGGGUUUCACUGUUAUUUAUAAAAGUGUGUUUCACAAAGGCGUUUCAAUUUCAAUAAAUGUCGACAAGUCAUAAAAAA